AUGUGCGAAAGAGGGGUGUGGCAGCUGCAGCAGGUGCUUCUGCGAUACAGCGAGACCGGCUACAGCAGCAGCGGCGUGCGUUUCUACCUGAAGCAUUUGCUGCCCAGUUGGGAGCAGCGAAAUCCCCAGGUUGAGGUGGUGUUGCAGCAGGACAAGUACGCGCAGCCUCAGGCGACAUUUGUGUUUAGAUCAGGUGCCCGUUCUGAAACUCCAUUAGCCAACCUGCAGCCGCGGCAGCUGGAAGAGCUGCUACAACUGCACAGAGACAGCUCGGGGCCCAACCACUUCCUCAAACACGGGGGCCCGAAAGUCUGGACGGAAAGACGCUCUAUACAGGGUUUGUGGCGGCCUUCUCUGCCAUCCCAGCUGUUGGCUUUGCGUUGGUUUAGGCGGUCGCGGCCGCCGCUGCGUCUCCCUAAGUACUCCUCUGAGAGCCUUCGGCUGUCUCUACAGGCCAUUCGGGGGGACGGCCGCUGGGGGUCGGAGAGGGAGUUUCCCAAGGGGUGGGAUCAACUCGCACUCAAAUAUGCUCACUACCAGCCCCUCAUGAGAGAACCCGUUGUGCCCAAGCAGCAGCAACAGCAGCCAGAAAAACAGCAGCAGCAGCGGCAGCAGGGAUAG